AUGCAGCCAGAGGUGGAGACCUUGUGCUCCUCCACCCAGGGCAACCCCGGCCUGCACAGGGAGGCAGGAGCCCCCCUUAUGGACCUGGAGACCCCCGAGGAGACUCCGACUCGGAGCCUAGGCAGGCCUGUCAAAUCCUCGAAGCAGUACCUGCGGCAGGUGAUCGCGGAGUACGAGGCCCUGGAUCGCGAGCUGCCCUGCAUCCGGAAGUUCCCCGUGCCCCCCGCUGCCCAGCCCCUGUGCCUCUGCAUGGAGACCUCGGAGGACUUCACCCACCUGGAGGUGCUGGAGGCGCUGGAGGCCGAGCUCCCCGGGGCCAUGGAGAGCGGGCGCGUGGACAGCAUCCGCUUUGAGAACAUGAACGUCAUCUGUGGGACCGCAGGCCGCCGGGACCGGUGGCUCAUCACGGUCCUGGACUUCCAGACGCGGUCGCACCUGCUGCGCUCCGGGCUCAGCCCCCGCGGGCUCGCGCACCCGCUCGUGCGCCACGACGAGCUGCUGCUGGGCGACUACCGCCUGCACCUGCGCCGCGCCCUGGUGCGACGGCGCAUGCUCGAGGCCCUGGGGGCGGAACCGGCCGAGGAAGACUGA